UGGUGGGGGUGGUACGAUAUGUUUAUGCGAAAGCCAGCGGCUCGUCAGGCGGGCGUGUGGGACAGGGGCGAUUGACCGGCCGGGUUCAGUCCGUGGCGAGCGAUGUUAGCUUGUUCCUGGCUUUCUCCGCACAAUCGACAGCAUCGUCCUUGACGGUCCCAAGUCCAGGAUAGCUUCACUGCGCUGAUCUUUCGUUCCGGAUGGACGCCGCUAUCACACCACCGCUGCGCCUGCAGGUCGUUCGCGCCGACGGUAUUUCCUCGUCGUCCACUCGGGCUCGGCUGCAGGACUUUUUGGUCCAUUACGAUGACCGGCGAAGGCUCGCGUCGCACGGGGGCGACUCGACCAUCGCAGCGCAGCUGCAAAAACUGACCGAGGCACUGCGAGAGGAGCGCGACAUUCGUAAGAAGUUUACAGAGAAAUAGGUGCAUUCGUACGUUUCAGAAAUGCCAAUUACCGUUGUGUCGCGCGCUGACAGAGACAACGCCCAGUUCUUGCUUGACAGUCCGCGGAGUGCCCCGCAUGCGGCGCCGACAUCAGGCUAGCUAGGGCCGUACUGUACCCUCGCAGAUCCGCUCAGGUUGGAUUAUCGUACGACUUCGGCUUGGACCGGGUCGCAUAACGGACAGACAACG